GGCUCGCCCACUCUCUGUCUCUCUCUCUCUUCCCUGUUCUUUCUCUCACUCAAAACUCUCUCUCCUCACCUGAAAAUCCUCAACAUACUCUGGUGCUAAGUGGUCGUGGCAUCUCGCUUAGCGAGAUCCUCCUCCGGUUUCCACUCCUCUGCUCCCCCCCACAAGUCGCCUCAGUCCGCUGCUGAGCUGCCAAGAGCAGGGGUGGACAUUGGUGGAGCUCAACUCAGCACCACCCCGGGCUCGAUCGGCUCCGGCUGCUGCAAGAUUCGGCCAGGUUCGAUGUAUCGGGUGAAGAGCGAGAGCGACUGCGAGAUGAUCCUGCAGGACCAGAUGGACUCGCCGGUAGCCGACGACGGCAGCAGCGGCGGGGGGUCGCCUCACAGGGGCGGCGGGCCACCCCUGAAGAAAGGGCCGUGGACGUCGGCGGAGGAUGCCAUCCUGGUAGACUACGUCAAGAAGCACGGCGAGGGGAACUGGAACGCGGUGCAGAAGAACACCGGGUUGUUCCGGUGCGGCAAGAGCUGCCGCCUCCGGUGGGCGAAUCACCUGAGGCCCAACCUUAAGAAGGGGGCCUUCACCCCCGAGGAGGAGCGGCUCAUCAUCCAGCUCCAUGCCAAGAUGGGGAACAAGUGGGCAAGGAUGGCUGCUAAUUUGCCAGGGCGUACUGACAAUGAAAUUAAGAACUACUGGAACACUCGAAUAAAGAGAUGCCAGCGAGCUGGCGUUCCUAUCUACCCUGCUAGUGUAUGCAAUCAAUCUUCAACUGAAGAUCAGCAAGUCUCCAGUGAUUUUAACUGUGGCGAGAAUCUGUCCAAUGAUCUUCUGAAUGGGAACGGUCUUUAUCUACCAGAUUUUACCAGUGACAAUUUCAUUGCUAUUCCAGAGGCUUUAUCUUAUGCUCCACAGCUUUCAGCUGUUUCGAUAAGCAAUUUGCUCGGCCAGAGCUUUGCAUCAAAAAGUUUUAGCUUCAUGGAUCAGGUAGACCAAGCAGGGAUGCUGAAACAAUCUGGCAGUGUGCUUCCUGCAUUGAGCGAUACCAUCGAUGGUGUGCUUUCCUCAGUGGAUCAAUUUUCAAAUGACUCUGAGAAGCUCAAGCGGGCUUUAGGUUUUGAUUAUGUCAAUGAAGCCAAUGCUUGCAGCAAGAUUAUUGCACCUUAUGGGGUUGCACUUACUGGCAGCCAUGCCUUUUUAAAUGGCAACUUCUCUGCUUCUAGGUCCACAAAUGGUCCUUUGAAGAUGGAGCUCCCUUCACUCCAAGAUACUGAAUCUGAUCCAAAUAGCUGGCUCAAGUAUACUGUGGUUCCUGCAAUGCAGCCUACUGAGUUAGUUGAUCCUUACCUGCACUCUCCAACAACGACCCCAUCAGUGAAAUCUGAGUGUGCGUCGCCGAGGAACAGUGGUCUUCUGGAAGAGCUGCUUCAUGAAGCUCAGACACGACGAUCUGGGAAGAACGAGCAAGUGUCUGUCAGAAGUUCAAGUUCUUCUGCUGGUACACCAUGUGAGCCUACUACGGUGAUUAGCCCAGAGUUUGAUCUCUGCCAGGAAUAUUGGGAAGAACAUCCCAGUUCUUUCCUCAAUUUAUACGCUCCUUUCAGUGGAAAUUCAUUCACCGAAUCCGCUCCUGUUAGUGCCGCAUCACCUGAAAUCUUUCAACUCUCCAAAAUUUCUCCUGCACAAAGCCCUUCAGUGGUUUCUGGCGAGCAGGCGGUAGAGCCUAAAUGCGAGUCGGGAGGUUCACCUCGUCCUGAAAACUUCAGGCCAGAUGCACUGUUCUCUGGGAAUACAGCUGAUCCGUCCGUUUUCAACAAUGCCAUAGCAAUGCUCCUGGGCAACGACAUGAAUGCUGAGUGUGAACCUGUUCUCGGUGAUGGAGUUGUGUUCAAUUCUUCCUCAUGGAGCAACAUGCCACAUGCUUGUGAAAUGUCCGAAUUCAAAUGAAUCCCUUCUCGCUCCUUGUGACGCUGAAGGAGACUCUCGCCCGUCGUCCUUGCUGAUUGUUUUGAUGAUAGUGUCAGGGAAGGCCUCAUUGAUUGUGAUGCUGCAUUACUGGCAGGUCCUUGAGGGCAUGCCGCAGCUACCUGAUGUGUGCUCUUCAUGCGACAAGUCCUUGUGUCCAAUAAAGCGCAUGAAGAUAAACCGGCCGGUUAUUUGAUUUUGUCGAUUUCUGUUAGAGAACGUUUUUGUCAUCUAUGUGGCCAGGAUAUUUUGUUGGAAAUGCGUCAUGCUUUUUGUUUGAACAAUGUAAGAUCAAUUAUUGCGUUUGGGGUGUACUAUUUCACUCUCUUAACA